GUCACAUGGUUUAUCCGGAAGUGUAAUGGAUGCAGCAAGUUUGUCAAUAUUUUGCGUUAAGGAAUGUGGCGUAUGACAAAUAUUCCACGAAAUACGAGUAUAUUUAUCAGCUGACGGGAAGAGCAACGCAGCACGCAGAUCGUGGUUACACAGGUGAUCAAGAAACUAUGCUGUUAUCGACCGGGACCAAUGUUCAACAUGGUGCUUACAAACCUGACAAUGAUGAGGACCAGAGCCAGGUCACCGUGACAUCCUUCACAUUGCAGGUCGCUGGACAUGUAUAUGGCAAGAAAGACAAAAAGCAAGGUAAACCUGGGAUGCUGCACCUGGGGAGGGGGAUGAUUCUGAAGGCGCUGCAGGAUCCCCCUCGGGGAACAAGGGAGCUGCAGUUCUACCAACAAGUCUUCUCCCCCACGAAUACCGACGAGGUCACCAUAGCUCUCCGAAGGUUCAUGCCAGCCUACCAUGGCACAAUGGAAUUUGAUGGAGUAGGGUUUCUGAAGCUGGAGAAUAUUGUAGAACACUACAAACAGCCAUGUAUAGCUGAUGUAAAGAUGGGGAAGGUGACGUCCGACCCCCACGCCACACCGGAGAAGGCAGCGUACGAGAAGUCCAAGUGUCCUAGUGCUGCCGUACUUGGCUUCCAGAUCUCAGGAAUGUUGAUUUAUCAGCCUGACACUGGUCAGUAUGAGAGAGUGGACAAAGUAGCUGGACACAAACUGACCACAGAUAACAUGAUAAGUGAAGGUAUAGGAAAAUUCUUUGGCUAUCCCAAGUCUAUUCGAAAGGAUGUGAUAGAGAUAUUGUUAUCCAAGCUGGUUGACUUGCAAUACUGGUUUACCUCACAAAGACAGUACUCCUUCUACGGAAGCUCCUUGUUGAUAGUGUACGAAGCGUUAAUCUGUGACAAACACAAACACCCUGCAUCAAGUAAAACCAGUUCACCCUCACAGUCAACAACCAGCGAUGACAAAGUGUCCACAACAUCCAAACACCAGGGUUCUUCCGAACCAAACUGCCAAUCAGCUGCUUGUUUGAAAAAGUUACCAACGAUUGACGUUAGAAUGAUUGACUUUGCCCACGUGUUUCCCACUCCAGUGGAGGACCGCAACUACCUCGAUGGCCUGACCAACCUUAUACAACAUCUACGCCUUUUGUUAGAUUUUAAAAGUUGAUAUAUGUGCUCAUUUUGUGAGACAGUUAUUUUAAGACUGACCAAUUGUUGUUAUUAUUUACUCUGAGAUUCUGAAGUGUGAAGGGUGCUGUGUACAAGAUGUUGUCAGGACAUAUUGGAGUAUUUGAAUCUUUCCACAUAGUAUUAUCAUGUGCUGUUGCCAUGGUUAUGUAAUAGUAGAUAAAUUGAGUUAAAAUGUUA